AUGUGGCUCUUUCUACGAAGGUGGUUCACUUCCUUCCGUUUCGUUCGGCCUGCCUGGCUCCGGCUCCGGCGGCCGUCACUAGCGGCUGUAUGCGAAGCGCUUGGCGAGCGCUUGGUGCAUCGGACGGAUUGGAAGGUGGGCCCGCCGGGCCGCGGGCAGCUGCGGAUCCGCGUAGCCGCGGCGGGCGUCAACUUUGCUGACUUGCUGAAGACUCGUGGGCAGUAUCAGGAGAAGGCGGAGCCGCCAUUUGUCCCGGGGAACGAGCUGGCGGGCGAGGUUAGCGAGGUUGGCGACGGUGUCGAGGGCUUCUCUCUCGGCGACCGGAUCAUCUGCCUCAACCGCGGCGGCGCUUACGCGAGCGACUGCGUCGCCGACGCGGCAACGUGCCUCAAGCUUCCGGACGGCCCGUCGGUCGACCUGGGCGAGGCCGCGGCCCUGCUCGUCAACUACGGCACCGCGCACCUCGCGCUGACGUCGCGCGGCCAGCUCCAGCCCGGCGAGUCGGUCCUCGUCACCGCGGCGGCCGGCGGGGUCGGCCUGGCCGCAGUAGAGCUGGCGCUCAAGCUCGGCGCGCGGAGGGUCAUCGCGGCCGCCGGCUCCGAUGCGAAGCUCGCCGUCGCCUCCGACAAGGGUGCCGACGCCGCGUGCGGCAUCAACUACACCGGGCUGGACGGCAAGGCCUUCCGAGCCGCGCUCAAGGAGGCGGCGGGCAAGGGCGGCGUCGACGUGGCGCUGGACAUGGCCGGGGGAGAGCUCCUCGAGCCCGUCGUCCGCUCGCUCAACUGGAACGGGCGCGCCGUCGUCAUCGGAUUUGCCGCGGGCAGCAUCCCAAAGAUCCCGGCCAACCUGCUCCUCGUCAAGAAUGUCUCCUGCUCCGGCCUCUUCUGGGGUGCUCACCUGCAGCACGACCCGGCCACCCUCCUGGCGUCCGCGCGGCAGCUCAUCGCGUGGUGGGCCGCCGGCGAGAUCCGGCCGCACGUCUGCGCACGCGUGCCGCUCUCGCGAGCGCACGACGCCUUCGACAUGCUCGAAGGGCGCCGGUCCACAGGCAAGGUGGUCAUCGUGCCGGAUUGA